CUCUCACAGCAUGACCAGCUACGUUUCCUCGGCUUGACUGCCAUGGAAGAAGGUUGAAUUGAACGUGUUGCGUCUGCAAAUGAGUUUCGGUGUGGGUGCACCGCAUGAAUUACCAAACAAUCAACAUGGCGGGCGACGCCUCGACCACUCCUGCGGACCCAUAUCGCCAGGCCCCAGAUGUUUCAUCGAUCCGAUCCGCGAAUGACGAUGGUGAACCCAGAUUCGAAACGGAAAGCCUGAGUCCUAAGAUACAAAGAAGACAGUCCUCCGAAAUAUUCGCGCAGAGUUUCACGAUUCGAUCCUUGCUCGUCGGUAUCCUCAUCGGCGCUCUGAUCACAUUCUCCAACACCUACUUCGGCCUGCAGACGGGAUGGAUCAGUACAAUGGCCAUGCCAUCGGCAUUGAUCGGCUUCUCGGUCUUUAAGGUCUUCUCUAAAUAUCUAGCCUACCCGUUCACUCCCAUCGAAAAUGUCCUUAUACAAACGGUCGCAGGAGCAGUGGGCACAAUGCCACUUGGAUGUGGCUUUGUUGGUGUGAUUCCUGCUUUGGAAUUCCUUCUCAAGGAUGGGGAAGAUGGCCCAUCCGGUGACGGCGGUACAGGAGAAGGUGGCCCACUCAAGCUCGGAUUCGGAAAACUGGUUCUCUGGAGUCUUGGGGUAUGCCUCUUCGGCGUCGUUUUUGCUGUUCCCUUGAGGAAAGAAGUUAUCGUGCGGGAAAAGCUGAAAUUCCCAAGCGGUACAGCAUCUGCUUUAAUGCUCAAGGUGCUUCAUGGUGGCGGAUGGCGCAGUGAGAAAACGGGGGUUCAAUCCGGUGGGGCUGGCGGAGCACAAAGGUUUCGAGAAGAACACGAAGCGCCUCUCUUGUCGCAGCCACCGGAGGAGAAUGGCGAUCUGCUUGCCAAAGAUGAUUCAGGCGAGCUAGCAAAGGAGAGAGAAGACUGGAAAUCGAAAAUGCGUCUACUCGUGGGAGCAUUCGCGGUGUCCGGCGUAUAUACCCUGUUUUCGUACUUCGUUCCCCAGGUUCGCGACAUCCCUCUCCUGGGCUUAUACCUCGCUCGUAACUGGCUAUGGACUCUCAACCCAUCGCCUGCAUAUGUCGGCCAGGGUAUCAUCAUGGGUCCAUCGACAUGUAUGCAUAUGCUUUUUGGGGCUGUGUUGGGCUGGGGUGUCCUUUCGCCGCUUGCGAAAGCUCGUGGCUGGGCUCCUGGUCCCGUAGAUAGCUGGGAUGACGGAAGCAAGGCAUGGAUCGUAUGGAUAUCCUUGGCAAUCAUGCUUGCAGAUUCCAUUGUCAGCCUCGGCUGGCUUGUGAUUCGGCCACUUCUGUCAUACGCUCCCCAAGUGAAAGACAAACUGCUUCUCAGUCGCAUUGGACGUCGCAUAUUUCCCGAAGCAACAACAUCCCGGCCCCACCAGCAUUCAUAUGUUAGCUAUUCUGCUUUGAGCCCUAUCACCGAAGAAUCAUCCUACCAGAGCCGUCUCUUCCCAUCUCGCGAGAGCCAUCCGAAAACCAGUCAUUAUGACGAUGAAGAUGCACCGCCCUCACAGCUUAUAUCAACCCGCACAGUACUCAUAUUACUCCCUUUGACACUAAUUCUCAAUGUUGUUUGCAUGCACAUUGUGUUCGGUGAUGUGAUGUCGCCAGUCCUGUCAAGUCUUGCCACACUACUAGCCGUUCUCCUUUCCAUCAUGGGGGUUCGCGCUCUCGGCGAGACCGAUCUGAACCCUGUUUCCGGGAUCAGUAAGCUGACCCAGCUCAUCUUCUCACUCGCCACCCCAGCCUCGCACUUUUCGCGACGUACGGCGCUCGUCACCAAUCUUCUUGCGGGCGCGGUUUCCGAGUCAGGAGCCCUACAAGCCGGAGACAUGAUGCAGGAUCUCAAGACCGGCCAUCUACUAGGCGCGAGCCCCAAAGCGCAGUUCUACGGCCAAAUGAUCGGCAGUCUCAUCGGAGCGGUGCUCUCCACCGCAGUCUAUAAGAUGUACGUGAGUGUCUACGAGAUUCCUGGUCCAAUGUUCCAGACGCCUACCGCCUACGUCUGGAUCUUCACGGCCCGUCUUGUCACGGGCCAAGGCCUUCCACCGAUGGCGUGGCAGGCCUCCUUGAUCGCGGGGCUGAUCUUCGUUGGCGUGACCAUUUUGCGUAUUGUGGCUGCUUCUCCCCUCGCUAAUGGAGGUCGACGCGGCGUGACAGCCCCGUGGAGGGAUUGGAUCCCAGGCGGAAUUGCCGUGGCCGUUGGGAUCUUUAACGUCCCUUCUUUCACACUGGCGCGUGUCAUCGGAGGACUGAUUGCUUGGUGGUGGUCCCGUCGACAUGCCGCUGCCACAGCUGCACACCAGGAUCUAGCCCCUCCGACAGACGCCGCCGGCACUCCUGACGAGGACCGCACAGCCGCUUCGGGCUCUUGGGCGGCAGAUGACAGGAACCCCCGCUUGUCAGGCACCGCAUCCGAACAGGCGAGCAAGGAUGCAGAUGCUGCCUCGUCGACCGUUGUCGUCCUGGCAUCUGGCUUGAUUCUAGGCGAAGGAAUCAUUAGCAUCGUUAAUCUCCUCCUAGCGAGCGGUAAAGUGCCUCAUCUCUAGAUAUAGAUAGGAACUAUAGAUGGACCCCUGGUGUGAUAUCUUGGAAUAUAGAUAUUCUAGAGAGUCAGUGCUGCUUGAACUAUAAGAUUGCAUAAGAAUGGCUUUGUUCAUUUACAAGGGUUAUAUCGCCUUUGGCGGCUAUCGAGCUUCUGACUUGAACCAUUCGCAAAGCAUCACAUACACAUUAUUGACAUUGAACAUGGCGAUGUAUAGUAGACAUCAAUACAUUAGACUG